AUGAUGAAGCUGCAAGUUCUCACGGGCGGGAGUUGCCGGUGCGUGCACGUGCUUGGGUGCGGCGCGGGCGCGGAAAUGGGAUGUGGAUAUUGUGGGAGUCCUCACUGCAAGAUCAAGACUCGCGCCAUGGCCACCAUCUCCUCGACGCCCAUCGUCAUCGACGGCAAGGGCCAUUUGCUUGGUCGCCUGGCCUCCAUCCUCGCCAAGCAGGCCCUCUCUGGCCAGAAGGUCGUCGUCGUCCGGUGCGAGGAGAUCAACAUCUCGGGUAGCUUCUUCCGCAACAAGCUCCGCUACCACAACUUCCUCCACAAGCGCCACAUUGUGAACCCCAAAAAGUCCGGCCCCUUCCACUUCCGCGCGCCGUCCAAGAUCCUCUACCGCGCCAUCCGCGGCAUGGUCCCCCACAAGACCGCCCGCGGCGCCGCCGCCCUGGAGCGCCUGAAGCUCUUCGAGGGCGUGCCCCCGCCAUACGACCGGAAGAAGAAGAUGGUGGUGCCCGAGGCUCUGCGGGUGUUGAGGCUGAAGCCGGGACGCAAGUUCUGCACGGUCAAGCGCCUCUCGCACGAGGUUGGCUGGGGCUACAAGGACGUCGUCGACCGUCUCGAGGAGAAGCGGAAGGUCAAGGCACAGGCCUUCCACGAGCGCAAGGUGGCUGCGCUCAAGCUCCGCCAGAAGGCCUUGGCCGACACAGCUUCGGACUUCCCGAAGCUCACCACCCUCGGCUACUAA